UUAGUUUUUCAUGCAUCUGUGGUAGCUUUAAUUGGAUUUUUAAGUGGCUAUUUUUGUAACUUUGUGCUAUUUUGGUAAAUAUAUUCCGCGAUUUAUCUGCGAGUAUUUUAGGAAGGAAAACGGUUAGUUUUUCAUGCAUCUGUGGUAGCUUUAAUUGGAUUUUUUAAGUGGCUAUUUUUGUAACUUUGUGCUAUUUUGGUAAAUAUAUUCCGAGAUUUAUCUGCGAGCAUUUUAGGAAGGAAAACUGUUAGUUUUUCUUGCAUCUGUGGUAGCUCUAAUUGGAUUUUUAACUGGCUAUUUUUGUAACUUUGUGCUAUUUUGGUAAAUAUAUUCCGCGAUUUAUCUGUUAGCCUCGCUGAAUGGGUGCGUAACUGUAAGGGCUGCCGUGAAGAUUUUAAAAAGGAAAAUGGUUAGUUUUUAAGCAUAUGUGGUGGCUUUGAGUGGGUUUAUAAGUGGUUAAUUUUGUAACUUUGUGCUAUUUUGGUAAAUAUGUUCCGCGAUUUAUCUGUGAGCAUUGACGAAGGAAAACGGUUAGUUUUCUCUGUCUGUGGUAGUUGUAUUUGGAUGUUUGAACGUCUAAUUUUGUAAAUAUGGCUAAUGUUGUGCUAUUGUGGUUAAACGGUUAGUUUUUCCACCUAUGGUAUCUCCAAUUUAAUCCCCAAAACUCAAACCAUGUUAGGGUUUUCCAUAUAGAGAAAAAAGAGUAAAAUCGAUAAAAGAGUAGUUAUGAAGGAUCCGAAUUUGGACUUAUUUAACCCGAGAACGGCAAUAAUGGACCCGGAAUAUUCCCCAACCAGUACCCGAGAACGGCAAUAAUGGACCCGGAAUAUUCCCCAACCAGUACCUGAGAACCCGAUUUCGCGUUCGCCUUCAGUGAUAGCAACUUCUCCGAUCGUGUCCAUCCUAGGUGAUUCAAUCGAUGGUUGUGAUGAUUCUAACAAUGGAUGUAAUAAUCUCGCUGAUUGGGCGUGUAACCGCAAACGCCGCCUUGAAGAUUUUAAAAAGGAGAAUGCUUUGGAUAUCACAGCAUGCCCUGAAGAACAGAUAAUAAGAUGUAAUCAAAUUGAUAGUGAAGAUGCUGAUACCGAAAAUCAAGACGAAUCAGUUGUUGCAAUGAUUGAAGAGCCAAACUCAGGAGAUGAAGCUGCUAAUAGUGACGAUUCAACUUGGAAUUGUGAUUCGCCAAGGGUUAUAAGAGUUAAAACACUACACAUUAGCUCCCCCAUUUUAGCAGCCAAGAGUCCAUUCUUCUACAAGCUCUUCUCAAAUGGGAUGAGAGAGUCUGAGCAAAGACAAGUGACUCUACGUAUUAAUGCUUCAGAGGAAGCUGCAUUGAUGGAGCUCCUCAAUUUUAUGUAUAGCAAUACGUUGACUACAAAUACCGGGCCUGCUUUGCUGGAUGUGCUCAUGGCUGCUGAUAAGUUUGAGGUUGCUUCUUGCAUGAGGUAUUGCAGCCGACUGCUACGUAAUUUGCCUAUGACUCCGGAGUCAGCUUUGCUUUAUUUGGAGCUUCCCUCUAGUGUCCUGAUGGCUGAUGCAGUUCAGCCAUUGACUGAUGCAGCAAAACAAUUCCUAGCCGCACGAUACAAAGAUAUAACCAAGUUUCAAGAAGAGGUCAUCAAGUUGCCUCUUGCUGGUAUUGAGGCAAUUUUGUCCAGUGAUGACCUCCAGGUGGCAUCAGAAGAUGCAGUAUAUGACUUUGUCUUGAAGUGGACAAGGGCUCAUUAUCCCUUGAUAGAGGACCGCCGAGAAGUUCUUAGUUCAAGACUCGGUCGUUGCAUCCGUUACCCUUUCAUGAGCUGCCGAAAGCUUCGGAAGGUUCUCACAUGUAAUGACUUCGAACAUGAGUUUGCAUCUAAGCUUGUGCUUGAGGCCCUCUUUUUUAAAGCCGAGGCCCCUCACCGCCAGCGAACUCAAGCUGCAGAAGAAUCAGGCUCGACCAGUCGUCGUUUUGUGGAGCGUGCAUACAAGUAUCGGCCUGUUAAGGUGGUCGAGUUUGAACUUCCAAGGCAACAAUGUAUAGUCUACUUAGAUCUUAAACGGGAUGAAUGUGCUAAUCUUUUUCCAUCUGGGAGAGUAUAUUCUCAAGCUUUUCAUUUGGGUGGACAAGGGUUUUUCCUGUCCGCACAUUGCAACAUGGAUCAGCAAAGCUCUUUCCAUUGUUUCGGUCUCUUUCUGGGAAUGCAAGAAAAGGGUUCAGUGACAUUUGCAGUCGAUUAUGAAUUUGCAGCAAGGACUAAACCAGCAGAGGAGUAUGUCAGCAAAUACAAAGGAAACUACACUUUUACUGGGGGUAAGGCAGUUGGCUAUCGCAAUUUAUUUGCCAUACCUUGGACUUCUUUCACGGCCGAGGACAGUCUCUAUUUUAUUAACGGCGUACUCCAUCUCAGGGCUGAACUUACUAUCAGGCACUGAUUUUCUGAUCUCCAGAGUGUCAAUUACUACCGUUGUUUUGCUUAUUAGCUGAGGCAAAGUCCCGGUCUUUUCUUGGAGUAAGGUUUAGGUGUCAGUACUAACUGUCAUAGGUAUUGAAACAUUUUGUAAUGUUAUAUCCUUUUGACCGUAGUUUAUCCUUGUGCUCUCCAAAACAUGAGGGGAAGGAUGUAAAUGGAAUUCAGGGAGUGAGAGAUGUUUAUUGUUGUGACCUGUUUUAAUGCAAUACAAGCAUGGAGGUUCUCCUGAACAUUGUGAAUAGGUUAUGUUAACUUUCUUAUGACCCGGUAGACAAAUAUAUUGUAGCUGUGUAUCAAAAUCAUUCUACUGAAUUACUGUAUUCCUUCUUAGCAAGUGAUUAAACUAAAUGGUGUGGUAUGGUAAACGUUGUGAUUGCUAAGCAUUUUAGUGACUCAUUCAGCAAGCUCUUAUGUGAUUUGGAAUUCCUUU